CAUUCACACACGAUUCCUCCUCCUCCUCCUCCCGUUCAUCUCUUCUUAUCUUCGUCUUCUUCAUUUCGGAUAACACAAAAAUCCCUAAAAAAAAUGUCUACAACUCUAACUUCCUCAUCCCUUCUUCAAAUUCCUCCAUUACAAAGCUUGAAGAAGCUCUCAAUUUCUUCCUCUUUCCUCCAUGGCUCAACUCCUCUCUCAUUCCUCUCUAAGCCCUCUUCCUCACCGUCGCCAUUGGCCUCCCAAACCCCCAAUUUCCUUCCCUCCAUUAGGGCCAUGAGGUCCCUGCAAGGCCGCGUGGUUUGUGCCACCAACGACAAAACCGUCGCCGUUGAGGUAGUCCGAUUAGCGCCUCAUCCGAAAUAUAAGCGUCGGAUUAGAAUCAAGAAGAAGUACCAGGCGCAUGAUCCGGAUAACCAGUUCAAGGUUGGAGAUUUUGUGGAGCUUGAAAAAUGCCGUCCGAUUAGUAAGAUGAAGACGUUCCUGGCUAUUCCGGUUCCAGCGAGGACUUCGAAGAAGAAAGCGGCGGAAGGCGGUGAGGGAGGAGAGCUUGGAAUUCCAUUGGAGUCUCAGCAAGAACAGGUUUGAUUGUAAUUGGUUGAUUUUGUGGAUCUGAAUGUUGUUUGUGGUUUGAUGAAUGACUCGUGAAUGUUGUAUUGAUGAGACUGGACCCAAGUUGUCCGAAUUUUAUAAUAUUUUCUUUUUCGAA